AUGGAACGACUUGUUUCAUCAGUCUCGCGACCAUCAAUCAGCUCGAUUCGAUGUUUACCGCAGUUGAUGCUUGCGACUCGCGGUUUACAUAAAGCUCAUCGCGAAUCAUUUCUCAAUGCAUCGUCUUCUAAUUACAUCGACGAGAUGUACGAACAGUGGUCUAAAGAUCCUCAAUCCGUACACAAAUCAUGGGAUCUUUACUUUCGUAAUCAAGUUUACCAACGACCGCCUACAUUAGGUCUUACUCCGCCAUCGCCAGCGUUGACACAAUAUUAUCAAAUGACAGGUUUUCUCCAACAGCAACCAGCUGCUAUAUCUCAACAACAACAGCAAUCGCAAUUACAAACAACUUCAAGUACUAGUGGUGUUCAAGAAAUACCACUUGAUAUGAAGCUCGUACAGGAUCAUAUGGCAGUUCAAGCUCUCGUACGAUCAUAUCAGAUGCGUGGUCACAAGAUAGCUCAACUUGAUCCACUCGGUCUUUCACAAGCUGAUCUCGAUUCUGAAAGACCAAAUGAUUUAACAUAUAACUUUUAUAAUUUCAUUUCGCGACCAUCAAUCAGCUCGAUUCGAUGUUUACCGCAGUUGAUGCUUACGACUCGCGGUAUACAUAAAGCUCAUCGCGAAUCAUUUCUCAAUGCAUCGUCUUCUAAUUACAUCGACGAGAUGUACGAACAGUGGUCUAAAGAUCCUCAAUCAGUACACAAAUCAUGGGAUCUUUAUUUUCGUAAUCAAGUUUACCAACGACCGCCUACAUUAGGUCUUACUCCGCCAUCACCAGCGUUGACACAAUAUUAUCAAAUGACAGGUUUUCUCCAACAGCAACCAGCUGCUAUAUCCCAACAACAACACCAAUCGAUAUUACAGACAGCUUCAAGUGCCAGUGUUGUUCAAGAAAUACCACUUGAUAUGAAGGUUGUACAGGAUCAUAUGGCAGUUCAAGCUCUCGUACGAUCAUAUCAGAUGCGUGGUCACAAGAUAGCUCAACUUGAUCCACUCGGUCUUUCACAAGCUGAUCUCGAUUCUGAAAGACCAAAUGAUUUAACAUAUAACUUUUAUAAUUUCAGCGAAGCGGAUCUUGAUCGAAAAUUUGUCCUUCCACCAAUUACAUUCAUUGGUGGACAAGAAAAAGAACUUUCGUUACGUGAAAUCAUCCGACGAUUAGAAGAUGUUUAUUGUCAAACAAUUGGCUUGGAAUACAUGUAUAUAAAUAGUUAUGAGAAAUGUAACUGGAUCCGACAACGCUUCGAAGAUCCACAACAGAAGAAAUUAGAUAUUAAAGAUAUUGAACGUGCAGUUAAACGACUCAUUCGAGCAUCGAAAUUCGAAGAUUAUUUGAAAAAGAAAUGGAGUUCAGAAAAACGUUUUGGUCUCGAAGGUUGCGAAGUUCUCAUCCCAGCAAUGAAGAUGGUUAUCGAUACAGCUGCAGGCAAAGGUGUUGACACUGUUAUCAUGGGCAUGCCACAUCGUGGUCGUCUUAAUGUUCUCGCCAAUGUGACACGUAAACCAUUGGAAGAAUUGUUCUGCCAAUUCGAUCCGAAAUUGGAACCAUCCGAUGUCUCGGGCACUGGUGACGUGAAAUACCAUUUGGGUACAUGCAUUGAACGUUUGAAUCGCGCCUCGAAUACAAUGGUUAAAUUCGCCUUGGUUGCUAAUCCAUCUCAUUUAGAAGCUGUCGACCCUGUCGUACAAGGUAAAACUCGUGCCGAACAGUUCUAUCGUGGUGACAAAACAGGUGACAAGGCAAUGAGUAUACUAUUGCAUGGUGAUGCAGCAUUCGCUGGUCAAGGUGUCGUCUACGAAACUUUUCACUUGAGUGAUUUACCAGCUUAUACAACACAUGGUACCAUUCAUAUCAUUUGCAACAAUCAAAUUGGUUUCACAACUGAUCCACGUAUGGCUCGUUCAAGUCCAUACUGUACUGAUGUUGCUCGUGUCGUCAACGCUCCGAUCUUUCAUGUCAAUGCAGAUGAUGUCGAUUCUGUUUUGCAUGUCGCAAAAGUCGCUGCCGAGUGGCGAUGCACAUUCAAAAAGGAUGUUGUUAUCGAUCUGGUAUGUUACCGUCGUCACGGCCAUAAUGAAACAGAUGAACCCAUGUUUACACAACCAUUUAUGUAUAAAAAGAUUCAUCAACAACAGCAUGUUUUGAAAAAAUGGGUUGAUAAAUUGAUUAGCGAAGGAACAAUCAAACAAGAAUGGUACGAGGCUGAAGAAGAUAAAUACCAAAAGAUUCUUGAUGAUGCUUUUGCAAAUUCGAAAAGUCCUGCGUAUGCCAAGGAUAAGAACUGGCUUGAUUCACCAUGGAAAGGUUUCUUCACCGGAAAAGGUCCUUUUCCAUAUCCUCAAACAGGCCUUUAUGGACAUCAUGAGGCUAAACUUGAUCCACUUGGUAUUCUCGAAGCUGAUCUAUCUGGUGAACGACCUGAAGGGAUAAGAUUGUCUUCGCAUAAAUUGAGCGAAGCGGAUCUUGAUCGAAAAUUUGUUCUUCCACCAAUUACAUUCAUCGGUGGACAAGAAAAAGAACUUUCGUUACGUGAAAUCAUCCGACGAUUAGAAGAUGUUUAUUGUCAAACAAUUGGCUUGGAAUAUAUGUAUAUAAAUAGUUAUGAGAAAUGCAACUGGAUCCGACAACGCUUCGAAGAUCCACAACAAAAGAAAUUAGAAAUUCACGACAUUGAGCGCGCAGUUAAACGACUCAUUCGAGCAUCGAAAUUCGAAGAUUACUUGAAAAAGAAAUGGAGUUCAGAAAAACGUUUUGGUCUCGAAGGUUGCGAAGUUCUCAUCCCAGCAAUGAAGAUGGUUAUCGAUACAGCUGCAAGCAAAGGCGUUGACACUGUUAUCAUGGGCAUGCCACAUCGUGGUCGUCUUAAUGUUCUCGCCAAUGUGACUCGCAAACCAUUAGAAGAAUUGUUCUGCCAAUUCGACCCGAAAUUGGAACCAUCUGAUGUCUCAGGUACUGGUGACGUGAAAUAUCAUUUGGGUACAUGCAUUGAACGUUUGAAUCGUGCCUCUAAUACAAUGGUUAAAUUCGCCUUGGUUGCUAAUCCAUCACAUUUAGAAGCUGUCGACCCUGUCGUACAAGGUAAAACUCGUGCCGAACAGUUCUAUCGUGGUGACAAAACAGGUGACAAGGCAAUGAGUAUAUUGUUGCAUGGUGAUGCAGCAUUCGCUGGUCAAGGUGUUGUCUACGAAACUUUUCACUUGAGUGAUUUACCAGCUUAUACAACACAUGGUACCAUUCAUAUCAUUUGCAACAAUCAAAUUGGUUUCACAACUGAUCCACGUAUGGCUCGUUCAAGCCCAUACUGUACUGAUGUUGCCCGUGUGGUCAACGCUCCGAUCUUUCAUGUUAAUGCAGAUGAUGUCGAUUCCGUUUUGCAUGUCGCAAAAGUCGCUGCCGAAUGGCGAUGCACAUUCAAAAAGGAUGUUGUUAUCGAUCUAGUGUGUUACCGUCGUCACGGUCACAAUGAAACAGAUGAACCUAUGUUUACACAACCAUUUAUGUAUAAAAAGAUUCAUCAGCAACAGCAUGUUUUGAAAAAAUGGGUUGAUAAAUUGAUUAGCGAAGGAACAAUCAAACAAGAAUGGUACGAGGCUGAAGAAGCUAAAUACCAAAAGAUUCUUGAUGAUGCUUUUGCAAAUUCGAAAAGUCCUGCGUAUGCCAAGGAUAAGAACUGGCUUGAUUCACCAUGGAAAGGUUUCUUCACCGGAAAAGGUCCUUUUCCAUAUCCUCAAACAGGCGUAUCUGAAGAAACAUUGAAGAAUAUUGGUGUCAAAGCUCAUGAAUUACCUGAAGGUUUCAGCCUUCAUCGAGGCUUAAAACGUGUUUUUGAAAAUCGCGCGAAAAUGUUAGGAGAACGCGAAGUUGAUUGGGCAUUAGGUGAAUCCAUGGCAAUUGGAAGUGUUUUAUUAGACGGACACCAUGUUCGUCUAAGUGGACAAGAUGUGGAACGUGGAACAUUCUCUCAUCGUCAUCAUGUUUUACACGAUCAAGACAAAGAUCUUGUUUUUCAUGUUCCAAUGAACUAUCUUCAUCCAACACAAGGCCAUUAUACAAUUUGUAAUAGUUCAUUGUCUGAAUUUGCUGCAUUGGGUUUUGAACUUGGAUAUUCUACAACAAACCCAAAUUCACUAGUCAUUUGGGAAGCACAAUUCGGUGACUUUGUCAAUAAUGCUCAAUGUAUUAUUGAUCAGUUUAUUUCAAGUGGGCAAGCGAAAUGGGUUCGUCAAAGUGGAAUUGUCCUUCUCUUACCACACGGAUACGAAGGACAAGGACCAGAACAUUCAUCAGCACGAUUGGAACGAUUUUUACAAAUGGCUGAUGAAGAUGAGGAUCAAGUAACAGAAAUCAAAGAGAGAAAGCAUAUUCAACAUACCGAUAUCGCAAUGUACCAAUUAGAUGAUACUAAUUGGAUUAUUGCUCAUUUGACAACACCAGCAAACUAUUUUCAUAUUCUUCGUCGUCAAUUAGCACUUCCGUUCCGUAAACCGUUAGUGAUGAUGUCACCGAAAUCAUUACUUCGUUUACCUGAAUGUCGAUCAUCAUUCGAUGAAAUGAUUACCGGUACAAGUUUCAAACGAAUCUAUCCUGAUGAAGGCGAACCAUCUAACAAUCCCAACGACGUGAAGAAGAUUAUUUUCUGUUCGGGCAAAACUUAUUAUGAUCUUUACAAAGAACGUGCCACCAACAAAUUAGAUUCUCAAAUCGCUAUUGUUCGUAUUGAACAGUUAUGUCCGUUUCCCUUCGAUGAAAUACGUCAAGAAUUGGAAAAAUACAAAAACGCGAAGAUCUGCUUUGCACAAGAAGAACAUAAGAACAUGGGCCCCUACACAUUCUGCAAACCACGUCUUGCAUGUCUCCUACGAUCAAUGAACGAUGCACGAGCUGGAGAGAUCAAUUAUGCCGGUCGAGACUCUGCUGCAGCUACAGCAACUGGUAUCAAAUCAAGUCAUUAUCAAGAACAGAAGACUUACAUGCAACAAGCAAUGGCUCUUUAA